AUGUGGUUGAUGGAGGGGGGUGAGGACAGGGGGGUGUGGUUGAUGGAGGGGGUGAGGACAGGGGUGAUGUGGUUGAUGGAGGGGGGUGAGGACAGGGGGGUGUGGUUGAUGGAGGGGGGGGGUGAUGUGGUUGAUGGAGGGGGUAAGGACAGGGGUGAUGUGGUUGAUGGAGGGGGUGAGGACAGGGGUGAUGUGGUUGAUGGAGGGGGUGAGGACAGGGGGGUGUGGUUGAUGGAGGGGGGUGAGGACAGGGGUGAUGUGGUUGAUGGAAGGGGGGUGAGGACAGGGGUGAUGUGGUUGAUGGAGGGGGGUGAGGACAGGGGUGAUGUGGUUGAUGGAGGGGGGGUGAGGACAGGGGUGAUGUGGUUGAUGGAGGGGGUGAGGACAGGGGUGAUGUGGUUGAUGGAGGGGGUGAGGACAGGGGGGUGUGGUUGA